UUCAGGUGUUGCAAAUGCUAAAGAGUUUUACCAGUGCUCCUCGACGACUUGUGUGUCAAAUUCAUGGAUUUUCAUCUGAAAUGAUCUUCUUCAUUUUCUUCAUCUACGUACAUUUGGUUCAUUCAGUGUCUCACACGCUCAUCACUACAUACACUGGAGUAAAUGGACAGACGGUUGCAGAAACUCCAGAGGUUUCUUCUGUAACUAAACUGGAUGGACAGCAGAUUGAUUAUUAUGACAGUGUGACAAAGAAUCUGAUUCCCAAACAGGACUGGAUGAAGGAGUUUGCAUCUACAGAAACAUGGAAAGAAUACACUAAGAUCAGAGAACAAAGCCACUGUCCCACUGUUUCUUCUUCAGGUGUUCAGAAGUAUCAGAGGAUGUAUGGAUGUAGUUGGAAUUAUGUGACUGGACACAUAUAUGGGUUUGAUGAGUACAGUUAUGAUGGACAGGAUUUCAUCACACUGGACCUCGAGGAGCUCAGAUACAUUGCAUCUGUACCAGAAGCAAUACCCACAGUGAUGAAGUGGAACAAUGACCGAGAACAGCUUGUCUAUCUAAAACAAUACUACAGAGAUAAGUGCACUGACUGGAUAUACUUCCUGACGUCAAGGAAGGAUGAUUUUGAGAGAAGAGGAGCAACAAAUACAUACUUCACCGUACUUGUGGGUGUGAUAUACGCACUGAUAGUCAUCCUCCUAGUCCUGUAUGCUGGUGCUGUAUUACUUGUUCGGAAAAUGAGAAGUGGGUAUCAGCUAGUUUCAUCCUCUGAAAGCGUGAUUUACAUCAACAAAGGUCUUUCUCAAUCUUUUGUAGCUCCUGAAGUGUCUCUGUUACAUAAGGACCCCUUCUCUCCAGUAGUGUGUCAUGCCACAGGUUUCUACCCAUCAGCAGUGAAUAUCACCUGGUUAAGAAAUGGAGAAGAGCACGAUGAGGAUGUGGAUCAUGGAGAGCUACUACCAAAUGAAGAUGAGACCUUCCAGAAGACUGUUUCCCUCCGUGUUACUCCAGAUGAAUGGGAGAAGCACCAGUAUGUUUGUGUGGUGGAGCACGAGACAGGGACUAUACUGAGGAAUCUGACUGAGGACGAGAUCAAGAGUAACUACGGACCUACAAAAAAAUACUUCACAAUACUUGUGGGUUUGACAGACGUGUUCACUGUCAUCCUCGUAGUCCUUGUAGUCCUGGUUAUUGUUACUGCAUUGAUUGUUUGGAAAAUAAAACGAAGUGGGUUAAUAAGAAUUUCAGACAGUAAUGAUAAUGAUGAGUCUUUAAAGGGUUUCCUCCAAUCAAGUCUCACAGAUUUUGGUGAGGUUAUCAGUCUUCAGGAUGUGGAGAUCAGAUGAUUUCCAGCAUGCAUGUGUGACCAAAACAUGUUAAAUCAAUAAAAGAUGCAUGAGUAUGGACGUCAUGGACCUGUUUUCCCAAACAAGAUGACCACAUGACCAAAGAAACACAGAAAAAGAACACCUUAUAUCAUCUGUGUGGUGUUUCAUCUAUAAAAGCAGACUGGAGACACAUCGAUAUGAGAUGCAAAUGCCAGUCAGCUAAAGAGCACCCAGAUACUGUCUGGUUAUUAAACUUAUGUUAAUAUCAGGUGUAAUGAGAGCUUUGAAUGUACUACUGUUUGUUAUCCUGCCGUUUAACACUGGUAUUUGUAUAUAGUUUAAAUCAAAGGAAACCUUUUUUGUACAUAUUCAGUUCUCUGAAUAAGAAUAAUUUAACAGCUAUCUUAAAUGUAAAAAAAAAAUAAACUAAAACUUU